AUGGUGGUGCUGGGGCGGCUCCUGCUGCUGCUGGGCUCCUGGGCGGCCGGCGCCGGAGGUCAGUACGGAAACCCUUUAAAUAAACAUGUAAGACAUUACGAAGGAUUGUCAUACGAUGUGGAUUCAUUACACCAAAAACACCAGCGUGCCAAAAGAGCAGUUUCUCAUGAAGACCAAUUUUUGCGCUUAGAUUUUCAUGCUCAUGGAAGACAUUUUAACCUUAGAAUGAAGAGAGACAUGUCCCUCUUUAGUGAUGACUUCAAACUAGAGAUGUCCAAUAAAGUACUUGAUUAUGAUACCUCUCACAUUUAUACGGGGCACAUUUAUGGUGAACAGGGAAGCUUUACCCAUGGAUCUGUUAUUGAUGGAAGAUUUGAAGGAUUCAUCCGGACUCACACUGGUACUUUUUACAUCGAGCCAGCCGAAAGAUAUAUCAAGGACAGAGCCCUGCCUUUUCACUCCGUCAUGUAUCAUGAAGAUGAUAUUAGAUACCCACAUAAAUAUGGACCGCAAGGUGGCUGUGCGGAUCAUUCUGUGUUUGAAAGAAUGAAGAGGUACCAAAUGACUGGUGUGGAAGAGCCAACAGACCAGAAACUUUCAGAAGAGCCUGCCAAUCCUGGCCCUGAGCGGCUAAGAAGGAAGCGAGCCACACAAGCGGAGAAGAACACUUGCCAGCUCUUCAUCCAGACGGACCACUUGUUCUUCAGAUAUUACGGCACGAGGGAAGCCGUGAUUGCACAGAUAUCAAGCCAUGUUAAAGCAAUUGACACAAUUUACCAGUCGACAGAUUUUUCAGGAAUCCGGAACAUCAGUUUUAUGGUGAAACGAAUACGGAUCAACACUACGCAAGAUGAAAAAGACCCUACCAACCCCUUCCGGUUCCCUAACAUCGGUGUGGAGAAGUUCCUGGAGCUCAAUUCGGAGCAGAACCACGACGACUACUGCCUGGCCUACGUGUUCACGGACCGGGACUUUGACGACGGUGUCCUUGGCUUGGCCUGGGUAGGAGCGCCGUCGGGGAGCUCGGGUGGAAUCUGUGAGAAGAGCAAACUUUAUUCCGAUGGCAAAAAGAAGUCUUUAAACACUGGUAUCAUUACCGUUCAGAAUUACGGCUCUCACGUCCCUCCCAAAGUCUCUCACAUCACCUUUGCGCAUGAAGUUGGACAUAACUUUGGCUCUCCGCAUGACUCUGGAACAGAAUGCACUCCAGGGGAAUCUAAGAACUUAGGGCAAAAAGAAAACGGCAACUACAUCAUGUACGCGAGAGCCACGUCUGGUGACAAGCUGAACAACAACAAGUUCUCUCUGUGUAGCAUUCGGAAUAUCAGCCAAGUUUUGGAAAAGAAGCGGAACAAUUGCUUUGUCGAGUCUGGCCAGCCAAUCUGUGGGAACGGCUUGGUGGAACAAGGGGAGCAUUGCGACUGUGGCUACAGCGACCAGUGCAAAGACGACUGUUGUUAUGACGCAAACCAGCCGGAAGACAAGAAGUGCAAGCUGAGGCCAGGCAAGCGGUGCAGUCCCAGCCAAGGCCCCUGUUGUACAGCCCAGUGCGACUUCCGGAGGCAAGGGGCCAAAUGCCGCAACGACUCGGAGUGCGCGGAGGAAGGCAGGUGCAACGGCAACACGUCUUUCUGCCCAACGUCUGCCCCGAAGCCGAACUUGACCGACUGCAACCGCAAUACGCAAGUCUGCAUUAAUGGCCAAUGUGCUGGUUCUAUCUGCGAGAAGUACGGCUUGGAAGAAUGUACUUGUGCCAGCACUGAUGCGAAGGAUGAUAAGGAAUUGUGCCACGUCUGUUGCAUGGAGAAAAUGCUUCCAGACACGUGUGCGAGUACGGGAUCCGUUAAGUGGAAGGAGCACUUCAACAGCAAAACCAUCACCCUGCAGCCUGGAUCUCCCUGCAACGAUUUUAAAGGUUACUGCGAUGUCUUCAUGAGGUGUCGGUUGGUGGACGCAGAUGGCCCCUUGGCCAGGUUGAAAAAAGCCAUUUUUAACCCCGAGCUCUACGAAAACAUUGCAGAAUGGAUUGUGGCACACUGGUGGGCAGUCCUGCUGAUGGGCAUUGCGCUGAUCAUGCUGAUGGCCGGCUUCAUUAAGAUCUGCAGUGUCCACACGCCAAGCAGCAACCCCAAGUUGCCCCCUCCUAAGCCCCUUCCAGGCACUUUGAAGCGCCGGAGACCGCCCCCGACGGCUCAGCCUCCUCCCCGCCAGAGGCCCCGCGAGAGCUACCAGAUGGGCCACAUGAGACGCUGAGCACUGCUGCCCUGUUGCCUUGGUUCUUCCUAGUGCCUACAGUGGGAAAAAAAUUUCACUCCAAAGAAAACCUGCGUCCCCGGUCUAACUUUCAAC